UUUAUUUCUCAACGAGUGCCUCAUUAAGCAAUCGGUUUUCGAUAUUAAUUCUAGCGGAAAAUCGAAAAAAUGGAUAGCAAAAGCGAAGAAGCUGAACCUUUGCUAAAACCUAAAAAUGUGGAAGACGAGGGUCUAAUUACCUCGCUGGAUGUGGACCCCACUCAAAAGUCACGAUCUCCAACUCCGAAGCCAACUCCGAUCCCGGUUCUUAUCAAUGAUACGCCAGUAGCGUCUGAAAUUGAACAAGUGGAGAAGGAAUUGGCACAUUCGAGUGAAAGAUUCCGAAAACCAAAGACUCUUUCUGUGACAAAUGACACUGAGUCAGCUCGAAUUCCGUCCCAAGUAAAGACAAAUGCGAAGAAAUUGGUUUUUCAAAACAUUCAGGCAGUUGUUCUCAAAAAGAAAGGUGUUCGUCAGGAGAUUCUGAAAAAGAUUGAUGGAGUUGCAAGACCAGGAGAGCUCACUUUUAUUAUGGGAUCGUCUGGAGCCGGGAAAACUACGUUGUUGAAUAUUCUGACUGGCAGAAACUUGAAGAACAUUGAGACUGAUGGAGAUAUUAUGAUCAACGGCCGUAACAUGAUAUCAAAUGAGAUGAAGAAGCUCAGCGCCUACGUUCAGCAAGAUGAUGUGUUCAUCGGAACCCUCACAGUCCGAGAGACUCUUCGUUUUGCUGCAAAACUUCGUUCACCGUCAGCACUUGGCGCCACCGAGUUGGAUUCAAUUGUCGAUGAGCUUCUUGUCAUGAUGAGCUUGAAAAAGUGUGAGAACACGAAAGUCGGAACCAUGACCGAGAAGAGCUUGUCGAGAGGAGAACGGAAGAGAUUGGCGUUUGCUUGUGAGAUUCUCACCGAUCCUCCAAUCUUAUUCUGUGAUGAACCAACUUCUGGCCUAGACUCAUUCAUGUCCCAUCAAGUAAUCAAAGCUCUCCGACAGCUAACAAUUGAAGGGAAAACAGUCAUUUGUACCAUUCAUCAGCCUAGUACAUCUGUCUACCAUAUGGCGGAUCAGUUGAUCCUUUUAUCGCAAGGACACGUGGCAUAUGCUGGACCCGCUAAGCAAGUUGAUGCGUUCUUUGGUAGAUGUGGCUAUCCGAUUCCAAAGUUUGUGAGCUCACCGGAUCACUUUAUGCGUGUGAUCUCUCACAAAUCUUUCGAAACGGAAGACGAUUAUAACAAGAGAAUCGAGAAAAUCGUUUUGGAACAUGACAUUAUGAAGAAGGAACAAUCAACUCAUUCAACACUGAGCUCGUCGCGUCGUGAGCAUCCUGAAACUGCACCUUUCACGUUUCCUCGAACAUGGACUGCUCAGUUCUUCUUCAUCUUCCAAAGAUCUUCGAUUCAGCUGUGGCGUGAACGAUCGGUCCUUUUGGUGAAGCUUAUUCAAACUUUGAUCAUGAGCAUCAUGAUUGGAUCAACGUACUAUGGCCUGGAAAUCGACAAGAAAUCGUUGCCAAGUUUCAAGGGAUUUGCAUUUGUAUCUGUUCAAAUGAUGCAUAUGUUAUUCAUGAUGCCAGCCAUGACAGUGUUUUGGAAAGAUUAUCCAGUUGUUGUCAGAGAGUUUCAGGCGAAUAUGUAUUCUCCAAGUGCUUAUUAUUUAGCCAAAACUACUGCGGAUAGCAUCCAAUAUCUGGUGUUCCCUGUCAUUUUUAGUGGUAUUCUACUUGGAAUGACUAGUCUUCCCUAUAGUGUUGUGAUUAUUACUAACUACUUGAUCAUCAAUAUUCUUCUCAGUUUGAAUGCUUGCUCAGUUGGACAAUCAUUUGCUGCAAUGUGUGGACACUUGGCAACCGGAAUGACAGUUCUUCCAAUCGUCUGUGUGCCUUUAAUGGUUUUCGGUGGAUUUAUGAUCACUUAUGAAGCAAUUCCUUGGUACUUUUUGCCAUUUGCAUGGGUUUCGUGGUACAAAUACGGAUUCGAGGCGAUCACUAUUGUAUAUUUCAAUCACAAUAGCACCAUUUCGGGAUGUGAAUCCAACUCGUCUGUUGCUACUUUGAAAAUGUCGAUUGACAGUAAUUGUACUACUGGAAUUGAAUUCAUCAAAGCACAAGCAUUUGAGGAAACUCAUUUGUGGUUGGAUUAUACUGUCAUUUUGGCUGUAAUCUUGUUCUGGAAAAUUCUUGGAGCUCUCUUGUUCACUUGGAGGAUCAGACGGGCUUAGAACUGUAUUUUUGCUAUGAGAAUGAAGUUUUAAAAAUUGAA